GCGAGUUAUCCCUUAAAUUGGCGGUCGCGAAAUUUCAAACCAAAAGACUCCUCUCUUGUUUGUUUAAGCACUGGUUUCCCACACGUUAUCUUAUGGGCUAAUUGUUCACUUCAAUCCAUUUUUUACGGCCGAUCAGUUCAUAGUGAUCUUGUUGCCACUCUCUGGCCUUUUUAUGUACUCAAAAUCGUAUGUUGUGCGGGGGUAAUUAAUGAUGAUUUCUACAGACCAAGAACUGAAAGUCUCUCGCAUGACAAAGAGAUCGCAGAAUAAAAAACUCUUCGGGCGCGAUAAUUACAAGUUGCGUGAGUUCGUAUUGCAACCAUAUUGUAUCCGGUAUUUCGAAGUUAGCGGUGGAAAUCGUGGUAAAGAGAAAGGUCAGCUUCUUCUCAGUCAUGUUAAGUUCAUUGAAAAAGUACAAGACGAUGAGCUUGAUAACAAAAAGAAUGCUUUUCAGGUUGCUUAUGCAGAAGAUGCGAUUUCUAGCACUUGGUAUCUCUUGUAUAUUGUCGCAAAUUCCGCCAUUGAACGAGAUGACUGGAUUAGUCUGGUCAGAUUUUAUACACGUGAACGAGGAGCUACUUUUUUGCCACGUUAUCAUCCCGGUGUUUGGAAACGUCCUGGUAGAUAUAGUUGUUGUGAUGACAUCAAUCGUCGAUCUAUGGGGUGUCAGCCCACUAAUGAACCAGGUCCAUCUGUGGUCAUUGAGCAACUUUGGCGUACAGCUGCGGGAGUCGACUCAAAUAACUGUCAACCUCAAAUUCCGCAGGUUGCAACGACAGCUAACCUAGUGACAAAUACACAACCUUCUUAUCCUGUUUCUACUCCUCAAUUAGUUACAAUGCAGCUUAAUUCAAACGUGCAACUUACGUCUAAUCCACUAUCCGUAUCUGAUUUAAAUCCGGCUAACAUAGUUUCCACUGCAGCUUCAUUUAUUCCACUUACUUCCGCUGUCGGGUUGCCUGUACUUCAUCAAACACCUGGUCUUUCAACUCCUGUCACAGGAGUGUUAAUGUCUACCGCCGUCACUAGUUCGAUUUCUCCUUCAACUUUAUUUCAAAUACAACAACAACAGCUUCUACUACAGCAGAAACAACAACAGCUUGCUAUGCUUGCAAAUAGCAACGCAGGUCAAUUUUCCCAUUUAAAUAAUGCAUUGCGUCGGUCAGGAAUGAAUCAAAAUCGAGGACAUUCUUUACGUUAUAUUCAGCCAACUUUUGAUAUGGAUGAAGGAGAAAAUACAGUUAUUGCAGUAUACAACUACAAUCCUGUAAGGGAAAACCAACUGCCUUUACAAAAAGGUGAAAAGUAUUACGUAGUCAAUCAGAGUAAUUCUCAAUGGUGGUAUGUUAGGAAUGUGGCUGGUCAAUUGGGUUAUGUACCUACCAAUUAUGUUCAUAAACCAAACAGUCUGAAUUCAUUUGAUUGGUAUUACAAAGAUAUUACCAGGCAACAAGCUGAAGCUAUUUUACUAGACGAGAAUCGCGAAGGUUGCUUUCUUGUUCGAGACUCAGUUAGCAAAAAGAAUACAUACACUUUAUCAGUUACUUCGAAAGACCCUGAAGCGCCAGGAAAAUUAAAAGUACAUCAUUAUCACAUCCAUAGAACAGAAUCAUCAUGUCUGAAUGGACACAUGAAUGGAUGUGGUGUCGGUAAUGGUAGUGGCAGCAAUAGUGGUUUAAAUUCUACUGCAUCUGUUGCUACCAGCGUUACAGUAACAACAACAACAACAACAUCUAAUACCAUUCCAAACAUGAAUGGUUCAACUGGUACAGGGUCAAAUACCCCCAAAGUUGGAUCAACCACUAAUGGUGAAGCACAAUAUUAUUUAUCCGAAAAGCAUGCGUUCCCUACAAUCAGUGAUGUUAUACAUUAUCAUAAGCAUAAUUCUGGUGGACUAGUUGUCCGACUCAGAUCGCCACCGACCAAAGAUCGAGAAAGUCCUGUCACUGCUGGGAUGGGUCUAGACGAGUUUGAACUUGAUCCAGCUGAACUUCAUUUAGAAAGAGAGCCAAUUGGAAAAGGACAAUUUGGAGUUGUGAAACGUGGCAAGUUCCGUAACAUUCCGGUAGCUGUAAAACAAAUGGUCGAAGGGGCUAUGAAUGAAGAUGAUUUUAUUGAAGAGGCUAAAAAUAUGAGAUUCCUUAAUCAUCCAAAUCUUGUACAGUUAUUUGGUGUUGUAUUGAAAAAGCGUCCAAUUAUGAUUAUCACUGAAUAUAUGAAACAUGGUUCAUUACGUGAUUUUAUGCGACAACGUCAGCCACAGUUUUGCAAUCGACCAGUUGUUAUGUCUGAUAUUUGUGCUCAAGUAGCAAAUGGAAUGGCUUACUUGGAACAAGAACAGUUUGUACAUCGGGAUUUAGCAGCACGAAAUUGUUUAGUAAAAUCAAUUAGUCAAAAUUCAGUUCACGUCAAGGUAGCUGAUUUCGGUAUGGCACGUUUUUUACUAGAUAACGUAUAUGAACCAAGUGCUGGAACGAAAUUCCCUGUUCGUUGGGCACCUCCUGAAGUAUUUCAGUCCACUUAUACAGCUAAAGCAGAUGUAUGGAGUUUCGACUCUAAAUUAUAACAUUUGGAAAAUAUCAUACGUAUAAAGUAUUAAUGACCAAAAGGCUUGAUAUCCUAUUAACUAUCAGGUACUCAUGUGACAGAACAAGGCGUUAUUGAUUACCUUGCGAAUCUUUCAAUAUUUAAUCAGUCAUUUAUAAUCUGAAUAACAACCUUACAUUCUAUGUUUGAGUUAUAAAUUUAGGUCUUUAGUAGUAUACUCAACUGUCUUAAUUUCUAAUAACUUGAAUUAUACCUUCAUUCAUUUUAGUAUUUUGUUUUCGUUAACUAUUUCAUCACAACGUCCAAUCAUCUCAGUCAUAUGAGGUUAUGCAAGUAUUUUAUUCAUGACUUCCUCAAAAGACGUUUUUCAAAUGUUGACGGCAUUUGGAAAUUUGAACAAUUUUCUUCCUUAUAAACUCCACGGUUCUACAUCAUAUUUUCUGUAGGAUAUUUUUAAACUGGCGUGCUUUGAUUAACUUUUCAUAAAAAUUAAAUAUAAUUGUUUUAUUCAAACAAAGUCCUCUUCAUCCUAUUUUAUUAUCAAUACAUAACCAUUAUUAUUAAUAUUAUUAUUGUCCUUUUCAAAUGAUUUUCUGUCAUAUCGUUAUCUAUUGAAAUGUCUUAACAAUGUUGUGAUUUGUUAUCGUACAUUAUCUCGUUUGUUCUUAUUAAAUACUUUGAUAUUCAAUAAUUUGUGGAUUUUACUUUCAUCUUUUACUGCUAUCUCUCAGUUUUAGUAAAAAGAUGUUUCAAAGAAACACCAUUAGUCCAUUUUAUCAGUAGUACUUUUUUCAGGUAUAAUUUAUCGCUAUUUUCGUGUACACCUCAUCAUACCUCUUAUUCCAUUGACCGAUUGAAGCUUACUCAAUACUUGAUAACUAAUCAGCGUUUACAGACUUAAGAUGUCAUGAUUAAAAAUUGAUUAUAUUAGCACUGUUACAUUUGUUCAUUUUCUUGUCCUAAAUACUAGAUUUCAAUAUCAUUUCAUAUUUUUUAUUUCUCAGUUUCAUGCAUAUGUAUGGCAAUAGUUACGUGACUGGUACAUUAAAUGGGUGCCAGAAUUUAGAAUAUAUUGAAUUAAAAAAUUACAGGUAUAAAACGCCUAACCCUGUGGUAGCAUUUGAUUUUUUCCUAUAUAUGUUUACAUUCAAGAACUAAUUACUUUGAUAUUGCUAGUUGCCUGUAUCAAAAUGAUGAAUCGUACAUUGAAUUCUAUAGAAAACUAAUUUUCCAGAAAUUCUUCAAUAUUUCCGAACUUCGAAUUAUGUUUUCCCUUAAAAAUUUUCCAACUCAUGAGAGUGAAUAACUGUACAUACCAGUUAAUGCAUCUAACAUUAUUUAUUGAUCAGUCAUAUUUUAUCACCUGCUUUUUUUAUCUGAAAUUCCUAUGACAAAUUCAAUAUUACUUUCUCGAUUUUAUUCUGUGUUAAUAUUUUUCUCUAAUAAAACCCUAUUUAAUUCACCAAUCAUCAUGUACACAUGCAUACAUGAACAGACAAAUUGUAAUAUAUAUAUAUAUGUAUAUAUACCUGUAUAAUUGGUGAAAGAUAUUCCCUAUGCUUGUUUCAUUACUGCUACCACAUUAUUUUGACCGGAAUUAGAAUCACUUUUGAUUCUGUUACUCUACCCUUAUCUCCACAUGGGUGC